AUGGCGGACCUGGAUGUGGAGCUCCGGGUGGUCACCAUGUCUGGGCGUCAGGUGGACCUGACGAUGGCACCAGAGAAGAGCAUCGGAGAGGUCAGGCAGAAGAUUAGCGAGAUCUUGGACAUUGGGAAGUGGCAGCUGCGCUUGGUGCACGAGGGGGCCUCCCUGAAGGAGGGCUUCUUGCACGACCUCAUGAAGCCUGGAACUUGCCUGGAGCUUCUGGCACUGGUGGUGGAAGAACCCGAGAUGUUGGAGCGGUGUAAACUCUUGCACAAGUGUUUCAAUAACAGACAAUUUGUCUACUGCUAUGGCAGCUUGCGUCAGGUAUCUCAAGUAGUAAAGACGGAGAAGGAGGCGAUUCUCAAUGGAGAUGUGGCCUUUCAUUUCGAGGGCGAUAAUCUCCUAGAGUUGUUAUUGAAGAACUGGAAGGUGCAAGACAUUGAAGAGCCCAUGUCUUGGUUGCUCUCUGGAGGUGCCUCAGUGAACCAAUGCUCCAGUGACGGAUGCACACCCCUUUUAUCCGCCUGUGCCCGAGGUCUGGGCAAGGCCGGUUUGAUCUUGUUGCAACAUGGAGCCAAAGCGCACGAAACAGGGCCGAAUGGAGAGGAUUCGCUCACUUCUGCACUGAAAUUCUUUGCAAGGACUCCUGUAAAACCACGUAGCUGUGAAGAGGAUAUGGACUUGGGAAGGCUUUGUUGCCUACUACGCGCCUCUGACAUAGACAGGGGCAACCGAACUCUGAAUGUGUUGGAAAGAGCCAGACUCGCGUUAUCACAGGCAGCGAUUGAAUUGGGUUUGUGUGCCUCUGUGGGAACGACUUUGAACAAACAGAUGAUCCUGGAUCGAGCCUUCGAUGUAGAGAAAUCCAGCUUGGAAGCUGGAGCUGGUGAAGAUCUAUGGGCCGGUUGGCCUGGAGCCUUCUUUUCAUUCUCUCAGCCACUUUCCCAAGACUCUGCCUGGGAUGAUUCCUUCUCCUUGGCCCGAGCCAGGAUCUUAUCUCAUUGGACAGACUCUGGCCAGAUGGAGGUUGACAACGAUGGCGCCGUUUACAUGGGCUGA